GCAUGCAGACAGAGUUCAAGCUGAAGCACUCGCACCCAGGCUGGUUAUGUUUGAGGACUGUUUUUUUUUUUCUUCUUCUUUUUCCUGGGAAUAAAUGUGCUUCUCUCAGUGUGUCAUCUGCUGUAGAAGUCGAUUCAAGGCUUAAGAGUGAGAGACAUGGCUCCGAAAAAGGCCAAAGGAGAUGAUGUACCAAAGCCACCGCCGUUGAUUGGAAGGUUUGGGACUUCUCUGAAGAUAGGGAUUGUUGGCUUGCCCAAUGUUGGGAAGUCAACCUUUUUCAACGUACUGACAAAGAGUCAGGCUGCAGCAGAAAAUUUCCCCUUCUGCACCAUUGACCCAAAUGAAAGCAGAGUGCCCAUUCCAGAUGAACGCUAUGAUUUCCUCUGCCAAUUCCACAAACCUGCCAGUAAAAUCCCAGCAUUCCUUAAUGUUGUGGACAUUGCUGGCCUGGUGAAAGGUGCUCAUGUCGGCCAAGGCCUGGGUAAUGCCUUCCUCUCCCACAUCAGUGCCUGCGAUGGCAUCUUCCACCUGACACGUGCUUUUGAGGAUGAGGAUAUCAUCCAUGUUGAGGGGACAGUAGACCCGGUUCGAGAUAUGGAGAUCAUCCACGAGGAGCUGAGGCUGAAGGAUGUGGAGAUGAUCGCCCCCAUUAUCGACAAGCUGGAGAAGACGGCCGUUAGAGGCGGUGACAAGAAACUCAAACCAGAAUAUGACGUUAUGUGCAAAAUAAAGAGCUGGGUCGUGGAUGAAAAGAAGCACGUCCGCUACUAUCACGACUGGAACGACAAGGAGAUCGAAGUGCUGAACAAAUACUUGUUUUUGACAUCCAAACCAAUGAUCUACCUCGUUAAUCUGUCUGAGAAAGACUACAUAAGGAGGAAGAACAAAUGGUUGGUGAAAAUAAAGGAGUGGGUGGACAGUCACGACCCCGGAGCCUUGGUCAUCCCCUUCAGCGGCAACCUGGAGAGUCAGCUGCAGGACAUGAGCGAAGAGGAGAGACAGAAGUGCUGCAAAGAGCACAAGACGCAGAGCGCCCUGGGCAAGAUCAUCAAGGCAGGCUACGCGGCCCUGCAGCUGGAGUACUUCUUCACCGCCGGCCCAGAUGAGGUCCGCGCCUGGACCAUCCGGAAAGGAACUAAGGCUCCACAGGCUGCGGGGAAGAUCCACACGGACUUCGAGAGGGGCUUCAUUAUGGCAGAAGUAAUGAAAUUCCAGGAUUUUAAAGAAGAAGGCAGCGAGAGCGCUGUCAAGGCAGCUGGGAAAUACAGACAGCAGGGAAGAAACUACACCGUUGAGGAUGGAGACAUCAUCUUUUUCAAAUUCAACGCACCAAACGCACCAAAGAAGAAGUGACUUGGGAAGGAUGUUGUUGAUGUUUACACAACUGACUUUAUUUUUCUUCAUUUUUUGGGGGUCGGAUACAUGCAGUGCCAUCAAAGCAUUCACAACCCUUCACUUUUUCCACAUUGUGUUACGUUACCGACCUAUUCUGAAAUUGAUUUUGGUAAAGUUUUCUUUUGAAACAAAAAAAAAAAUGUCUACUCAGAAUACCCCAUAAAGACAAUGUGAAAAUGUCAUGGUUGUCAGACAUGUUUGGAAAUGUAUACAAACCUUAACAUUUAACUAUAACAGAUAUGUAAGUAUUCACACCCUUUGCUAUGACAAAUGCUGCUCAGUUGCAUCUGAUUUCCAUUGAUUUUCUUUCCCUUUAGAUGUUUCUGCAACUUGACAGGAGUCCACCUGUAUUAAAAUUAAACCAAUUGAACAGAAUUUGAAAAGGAACACAUUUGUCUUAAUGAGGUCUCAUGUUGACAGUGGAUAUCGCAGCAGAAACCAAGCGAUGAAGUCAGAGGCAUUAUCUGUAGGCCUCUGAGAUUGGUUUGUCUCAAGGUACAAAUCUGAAGAAGGGGGAAAAAAAACAUGUCCACGUCACCUAAUGUCCUAAAAAGCGCCAGGACCUCUUUUGGAUUUGACCAAACCGAGUAAUCAGAACACAUUUAGGUGGAGCUCCAAUCAGUGCUUGUGGAGAUAAGAUCGUCCAGAUAGUCCUGUUUCGCUAGCCCUCCCCAUCAGUCAGGUCUUUAUGGUAGUGUGGCAAAACAGAAACGACUCCUCACAAAGAUGCACAUGGCAGCCAGCUUGAAUUCUCCUCAAACAAACACUUUUUUGGGCAGGAGAAACGAAAGAAGGCCUCCAGGAUCCAAAACAAAGCUUUUGUGCCUGAACUCAAAGCAUCUUGUCUAGAGGAAAACAGACAUCGCUCAAUACUUUGCUCAUGCCAUUCCUGCUCUCCAGCAUGGUGGUGGCAGCAUCAUGCUGUGUGAAUGUUUUGCCCAAGCAGGAUCUGAAUGACUCGAUAAGAAAACAGCAGCCAACUAUGCAGAGGUGUUUCAAGAAAGCCCGCUCCAGAAAGCUCUGGAACGAUUCAUCUUCCAACACGUCUAUGCACCGAAGCACACAGCCAGGAUAACAAAGGAAUGGCUUCAGGCCAAGCUGUGAAUGUCCUUGAGUAGCCCAGUCAGAGCUGGACUUAAAUCCAAAUAAUAAUCUCAGGGAAAGAAUGUAGAGAAAAAAAAAAGUAAGACAUGGGCGUGAAACAUCCAUCCAAUUUUCAAAUCUGUCUAAGUAACUAAUUUCCAUUAUAAUUUUGGGGUACUGUGUGUAGAUAUGUGUGAUAAAAAUCCUCAGAUCGAUUUUAAAAAAAGUUUUUACUACAAAGUGUGGAAAAAGCGAAGGGGUGUGAAUAUUUCUGGUGGCACUAAAGAGCGUCUUCCUACGUUUUAGUUCCCCACCUUGAGAGCCAAAACACAGGUUCUGUGCGCUCUGACAGCUUCUCUGUAUAAGAUCAGGAUCGGGGAACAACCCCCCCCCCCCCCCACCCCCACCCCACCCCCCACCUCCAAAUCGUAGCAGCAUUUUAAGGAGCAUAUUACUCUCCAGAUACUUCAUUAAUCUCCAUCACAGGUGCCAGCGCUGACACAGCUGACAGUGGAGACAAUGCCACCUGCUCUGCUCCCCCUGCUGCAGAUAAUGCAUGUUUUACAGUAGGCCAGAUGUCUACACUCAAUAAAACAUUUGACAAAAAACA